AUGGACGUCGCAAUAGCCGGAGCCGGCAUAAGCGGCCUCGCUGCAGCAAUAUCGCUGCGUCGCAGUGGUCACCGUGUAACCAUCUAUGAGCGAUCAUCGAUGAACAACGAACUUGGUGCAGCAAUCAAUAUUCCACCGAACGUUUCCCGAUUCUUGGUACCGUGGGGUUUAGAUCCGGUGCGGUCUCGGCUGGUCAACUCUCAGGGCAUGUGGUUUGUCUCGCCAACGACACUUGAAGAAAUAGCUGCAUUCGAUCAUUCACACAACAAUGAAAAAUUUGGAUCGCCUCUUUAUUAUGCUCAUCGUGUGGACUUGCAUGAGAGUCUCAAGCGUAUGGCAACGGAGCCUGGGUUUGGAACACCGGUAGAGAUACGUCUUAAGUCUAUUGUGACCAGCUAUGAUUCCGGAACUCCUUCCUUGACACUACAAGAUGGAACCAUUAUCACCGCAGAUGUGAUUCUUGCGGCUGAUGGCGUAAACUCCAUCGCUUCGCAGGCUAUUCUGGGGAAGGUCAAUGCUCCAGAACCGGCAAAACAUUCGAAUUGCUGUUAUCGAUUUCUUAUCUCCAGAGAACAGUUGAUGAGUGAUCCUGAGACAAAAUGGUUUACUGAGGGUCAUCAGAGUCUUGGCUGCAGAAUAUAUCCAGAUCAUCAGGCCAACAGAAGACUGGUGUCUUACACAUGUAGAGAUCAUGAGGUAUUCAACUUUGUUGGCAUCUGCCACAACAAUACAGUGUUCUCGAAGGAGAAGGAAGACUGGCUCGCGCCAAUAGAUAAAAGCGAAGUCCUUGCUCAAUUUUCUGGGUACAGCCCGAAGCUUCUCGCUAUCAUAAGCAAAGCUACCGAAGUCAAGCGAUGGCCAUUACUCUACCGCUCUCCAAUCCGAACAUGGCAAAAGGGUAAAAUGGCAGUGGCAGGCGAUGCAGCUCAUCCCAUGCUUCCCCAUCAAGGUCAAGGAGGAGCCCAAGGUAUCGAAGAUGGCGUUGCUUUCGGACUAGUCUUCCAAGGCGUGACGGACAAGUCCCAAAUCCGAAAUCGACUUGAGCUCUAUGAGAAGAUCAGAAGGAAUCGCGCAGCAAGUGUGCAGAUACUGAGCAAUUUUGGGGCAGAUGAGGAGGUGCCUCAUGAGUUGGUGGAAUAUCUGGAUGGUGUUGCUUUGCCGAAAAACGUAGCCGACAUCGUCAAUAUCACAUAUGGCCAUGAUGUUAUCAAACACGCGACAAAGGUUUUGAAAGACUAUAGUCCGGAGUGGGAGCUUGGGAAGGACUUUUACCCAGCUAAGAUUGCUGUUGCAUGA